AUGGGCGAACAAGGACCAACCGAGAAUGAAACCCUAGGGUUUCAUGCCUCAGACUUCAACUGGAAUUCCUACAUAAAACACCGACCCAUGUACCCCAAAUCUCUCACUCAGAGGCUCUAUGAGCAUCACGCCCUUCACAACCCCAGCCCCAGCCCCAACCCCGCCUACCACACAGCGCACGACGUAGGAGCCGGCGCAGGUAUCCUAUCCGAGGCCCUGGCCGAGAGAUUCCAGCGAGUGAUCGUGUCCGAGCCCAACCCCGAUUUCCUAAACGUGGCUCGGCACCGGCUCUCCCACGAUGAGCGUUUUCCCGCCGACAUUUUCACCUACUAUGCCGAAAGAGCGGAACAGUCGAGCGUGGAAUCGGGGACCGUGGACGUGAUUACCAUCUGCGAAGCGAUCCAUUGGACUGAAAUCUCGGCGUCGGUGGCCGAGUUCGCGCCUGCGCCGCGCAUUCAGGGCAACCUGAACGCUCAGGCCGUCUGGGAGGCACUGUUCGAGGAUGUGGUGAAUGGAUUGGAGAACGGGGAUCCGGGCCAUCGCGUGGUGUUUUCCCGGGCUAUGCGAAACGUGGCCACGGGUCUGGAUAAUGUUGGAUUCCCUGAGGAUGUGUGGCGACCUGGCACGAACCGGGUCUAUACUAAUACCGGGGGAGAUAGGAGCGCCAUACGGUAUACGAGCAAGUUCGGCCAGGAGAAGGAUCGGAUUGGGAAUUUGAUGAACGACGAUUUGUAGAGAAUGAUGGAGAUUGGGAGGUGGGUGGAUGCGAUCUGGCCUGGUUCCAGGGGUGUUUUUUUGAGCUUUAUGCCUGGUCGAAAUGUGAAGGAGGAUCAAGAGCGAUGGAGAG